AUGGCCAGCCUCAAAUACACGCUUGUGGAAGACCUCGACGACGAGCUCGAAGAACUUGGGCGGCUAACGAGAGCGGGAGAUUUCCGUGCCGCCAAGGCGUUCUUCUUGCAACAUCUGAAGCAGCACAUUGAGAAUCCGCUCGUGUUCACCCUCUACGCCGAAUUACUGUUGGAGAUUGGCGACUACCAGUCUGUUAUCCAGCUUGAGGAUAUUGCACAUACGGCAGUCCCGCAGCACUGGCGCUCUUCGAGUGCUCUGCUGGAAGACGACGACAACACCGCUAGCUCUCCAUACACUAAUUUUCGCAACACGCAAGAUAUGAGCAGAUUCUAUGUCGAUCUCGAUGAGUCUUGGCUGCGUUCUGAGACCUUUGAUAGCACGCAGGUACGAAUAUUUUUUCUACUCGCGAGAUUAUGGAAUAUCAUGCGAUUUGGUGCCCAAGACUUGAAAUACGACCUAUUGUCCGGUCGUGACUGGAAAGCUACGUACUCAUUAUUGGUUGAUGAGCAGAGAGCUUGGGACUUUCGGGACAUGUUCCUGGCUUUCAUCAAUCUCAUUAACCCCGACGUUCUGUUCAAAAUGAACUUCUUCUUCGACAGCGAGACACCAAAGGACUUCUACGAUCGUCUUAAAGAAGACUGGUUAACCGGAAACCCUGACGUUUCAGUUCGUCUAUUUCCGCCGCACUUCCUUACUACUCUCGUCUUCCUCUCGGUCUUCAGCAAGACCUCAACCAUGAUUCUUAUGCGGGAGAUCCGCGAGAGCAGCGCCUGCCCACAAGCCCCCCAGCACGGCCACACGGAGAACCUCACAACGUCGAAACUACCCGCAGAGCGGUGCAAAGACGAGGAAGUUUGA